AUGUCGUCGGCGGCGACGAGUGGCGUCGCCUUUGGCUUCCUCGCGUAUACGCUCUGGGGCUUCCAGCCCGCGUACUGGAAGCUGCUGGAAGGCAUGGACUCGUACCAGCUGGCCAUGCACCGCAUCGUCUGGUCCGGGCCCAUCGUGCUGCUGGUGCUCGCGGCCCGUCGGGACCUGCCCGCGUUUGCUGCCGUGCUGCGCCAGAAAGCCAUGUACCAGACGUACGCCGUGACUGCGCUCUUGCUCAGCGCCAACUUUUUCCUCUCGCUAUGGGCUGUGAACGCGGGCUACGUGCUGCAAAUGAGCCUCGGCUUCUUCAUCAACCCACUUGUGACCGUGCUUCUCGGUGUCGUCUUUCUUCACGAGAGCUUGGCGCAAGUUCAGUGGUGUGCCAUCGGGCUCGCAGCCAUCGGCGUCGUUGUCGUCACGGUCGGCGAAGGCGAGUUCCCGUCGGUCGCGUUAUCGAUUGCGUUUGUCAACGGAGUCUUUAUUUCAAUGAUGACGGUGCCUGCGCUCAUGUACCUGAUUUGGUGCGAGGUCCAGAGCACGGGUGUCUUUGGCCACGUGAGCUUUGGCUCGGAGCUACUCAUCGUCGGCUGUGGCGCGUGGUCCGUCGUGCCGCUCUUGCUGCUGAGCCUCUCGAUCGACCGCAUUCCGCUAGUGAUCCUUGGUGUGUUGCAGUUCAUCGGACCGACGCUCAAUACACUCCUCGGCCUCUUUGCCUUUGACGAGGUGCCAUCGCAGAGCCUCGUCAUUGGAUUCACGUGCGUCGUCUUGGCACUGAUCGUGUUUACGUAUACCAGUCUCGCGCCGUCCACGAAACGCGCCGAGAAGGCGCCGUUGCUGCCGCAUAAGGCCGCGUCGUAA